AUGCCUCAGAAGCGCUUUCAGGAGCCACAACCCAAAACAGGUGUACAACAUGCACAGGAUUUCCUGAGGAAAAUUGGGUUUGGGAAGGAGAACUACUACUUCUGGAAGCAGAUUGGAAAGGCUUUGGUAUGCAUGUACACAGUGAUGGGGUCAAUGUGGUGGUACAACGAGACAUCGCCACUGGGUUGGUGGACACUAAAGCCAAAGCCAAAGGAAGAGAAGGAGCUUGCUCAUUUGUGCUUCCUCUUCAUACUGGCACGGGAUCUGUGA